AUGAGGGUUUGUACUCAUCAAACACAAGAAGUUAAGGAGGGAGAGAUGAUUAUUAUGGAUGGAGAAGAAGUCAAGGAAGGAGAAGAAGUCAUGGACGAAGAAGAUGUUAUGGAAGGAGAAGAAGUUAAAGAUGGAGAAGAAGUUAAGGAAGGAGAAGGAGAAGGAGAAGAAGUUAAGGAUGGAGAAGAAUUUAAGUAUGGAGAAGAAAUUAAGGAAGAAGAAGAAGAUAAGGAAGGAGAAGAAGUUAUGGAUGGAGAAGAAAUUUGGGAUGUAGAUGAAGUUAAGGAAGAAGAAGAAGAAGUUAAGGAUGGAAAAGAAGUUAGGGGAGGAGAAGAAGUUAAGGAUGGGGAAAUAGUUUGGGAUGGGGAAGAAGUGAAUGAAGGAGAAGAAGUUAGGGAAGAAGAAAAAUUUUUGGAUGGAGAAGAAGUCAAGGUUAAAGAAGAAAUUAUGGGUGGGGAAGAAGUUAAGGAGGGAGAGAUGAUUAUUAUGGAUGGAGAAGAAGACAAGGAAGGAGAAGAAGUCAUAGACGGAGAAGAUGUUAUGGAAGUAGAAGAAUUUAAAGAUGGAGAAGAUGCUUUAGAUGGAGAAGAAGUUAAGGAAGGAGAAGGAGUUAGGGAAAGAGAAGAAGUUAAAGAAGGAGAAGAAGUUAAGGAUGGAAAGACGUUGGGAUGGAGAAGAAGUUUAGAAUGGAGAAGAAAUUAA